GAUCUGGCGCUGCCGGCACGUCCCCGCGGCACCAUGGCAGAGAUGCUGCCCGCAUCGGUGACCAAUGGCACCGCUGAGGGGACUGAUCCCGAAGGGGACGCAAUCCGGAUGCUCAACACCCUGCAGACCAAUGCCAGCUACCUGGAGCAGGUGAAGCGGGAGCGCGGUGACCCCCAGGCCCAACUGGAAGCCAUGCAGGGUUUUUUGGAGAGAAGUGGACUGAAGGUCGAGGACCUAGAUCGACUGAACAUCAUCCACGUCACGGGGACGAAGGGCAAGGGCUCAGCGUGCGCCUUCACCGAGUGCAUCCUCCGCAACUACGGGCUGAAGACAGGCUUUUACAGCUCCCCUCACCUCGUGCAGGUGCGCGAGCGGAUCCGCAUCAAUGGGCAGCCCAUCAGCAAGGACCUCUUCAACAAGUACUUCUGGCUGGUCUACAACCGCUUGGAGGAGACCAAGGACCCAGCACACUCCAGCAUGCCGGCGUAUUUCCGCUUCCUCACCAUCAUGGCCUUUCACGUCUUCCUGCAGGAGAAGGUGGACCUGGCAGUGGUGGAAGUUGGCAUUGGCGGCACCUAUGACUGCACCAACAUCGUCAGGGCACCGGUGGUCUGUGGGGUCUCCUCCCUGGGCAUCGACCACACCAGCAUCCUGGGCGACACCAUGGAGAAGAUCGCCUGGCAGAAGGGGGGCAUUUUUAAGCCCGGUGUGCCGGCGAUCACCGUGGCGCAGCCGGAGCGGCCGCUGGAGGUGCUGAGGGAGCGAGCCCAGGAGCGGAACUGUUCCCUCUACCUGUGCCCGGAGCUGGAUGACUUUGAGGAGGGCUGUGGGGCGCUGGAGCUGGGGCUGGCCGGUGCCCACCAGCGCUCCAACGCCGCCCUGGCCUUACAGCUGGCGCGGACGUGGCUGCAGCGCCGCGGCUGCCAGGGUCUCGGGGAGCUGAAGGAGGUGCCACCAAGCAGCGAGCUGCUGGGGAGGCCAGUGCCACUGGCGCCUGCCUUCCGACUGCCCGAUGCCAUGAUCCAAGGCCUGCGGGACACAGAGUGGCUGGGCCGGACUCAGGUGCUGUCCCACGGCCCUGUGACGUGGUACCUGGACGGAGCUCACACCACCAGCAGCAUCCAGGCCUGCGUCCGCUGGUUCCGCCAGGCCGCCCUCAGCCAGGACAAGCCCCACGAUGGUUCUGAGGUGCGUGUGCUGCUCUUCAAUGCCACAGGCGACCGGGACACGGCAGCGCUGCUCAAGCUGUUGGUGUCCUGUCACUUUGACUAUGCUGUUUUCUGCCCCAACUUCACAGAGGUGUCGUUGGCCAACAACGCAGACCAGCAAAACUUCAAUGUGACACUGGAGAACGCCCUGACCCGCUGCCUGGAGAACCAGCAGACGUGGACAAGGCUCCUGGAGGAGAAAGGGGGGCAGGACCCCUGGCUCCCAUCUCCCCCGCGGGUGGGGGGGCUGCUGCAGCCGACCCCCGCCCGAGGCUCCCUGCUCCUGGUGCCCCCAGCACCUCGACCCCUCAAUUCCCCAGCCCUCGUGUUCCCGUGCCUGGCCCAGGCGCUGCGGUGGGUAGCACAGGGCCGGGACCCCCACCUGGCGGCCCCCGUGGCCUCGGGGGCUCACCCGCACCCCGCAGCCAGCAGCGGGGCCGUGCUGCUGCGGGAGGCGGCCGCUGUCCAUGUCCUGGUCACCGGCAGCCUGCACUUGGUGGGCGGCGCCCUCCGGCUGCUGGUCCCCGCCCUGUCCCAGUAACGGGGGUCAGGG